AUGUCUCCGCGCCACCGCCUGCACCUCCUGCUCUUCCUCCGCACCCUCCACGGCUCCGCCUUCGCCAUGGGCGACUGGGCCUCCCGCCUGCCGCAGCCGAGCGAAGCGCUGCCCGGCAGGACGCAGCGCAUGGCGGUGCCAGAUAAACAUCAUGUCAAUGGGAACAGAAUGGUUGAACCUUUCCCAGAGGGAACACAGAUGGCUCUGUUUGGUAUGGGCUGCUUCUGGGGAGCUGAGAGGAAGUUCUGGAGGCAGAAGGGAGUCUACUCCACUCAAGUGGGUUAUGCAGGAGGACAUACCCCAAACCCUACCUACAAGGAGGUGUGCUCAGGGAUGCGCCAGGGGAACGAUGUUGGCACUCAGUACCGCUCUGCCAUCUACACCUUCUCCCAGGAGCAGAUGGAGGCUGCCCUGAGAUCCAAGGAGGAAUAUCAGAAGGUGCUGACAGAGGGAGGCUUUGGCUCCAUCACCACCGAGAUCCGGGAGGCUCCUGAGUUUUAUUAUGCCGAGGAAUAUCACCAGCAGUACCUCAGCAAGAAUCCUGGUGGAUACUGUGGGCUGGGGGGGACGGGGGUUUCCUGCCCCAUCGGCCUCAGGAAAUAGCCUGGGCUUGCUCCACCACCUCCUCUUCGUGGCAGGGAGCUUGGAAAAACAACCAGGAACUCCAGGGGUGAAUAUUCCCACAGCAUCCGUGGAUAAAGAUUUGGGAAUCUGCUGGGGAGGCUUUCUGUAAUCAUAAGUUUUGUGUUUGUAGAGGCAGGGAUUGUUCCCAUCACAGCUUCUUGCUCUGUGCAGCUCCUGGGGUUUCAUUGUCAUCUGGAGAGGUGGAAAAAGAUCCAAAUUUCCAAAAGUUUGGCUCGAAAUGCUGUUAAAAGGGUGAACUGGGAGGUGGUUGCACCCAUAGCUGCUUUGCAUUUACAAUGCCUUUGGACUUGUUGAUUUUCUUAAUUAAUUUCCUGCUGUUCCUAGAGCUCUGGCUUCUGGAGAUGUGGUUGGGUUCUUUACCUGUCCCAACCCUGGAAUUUGAUGUCUUUGGGAAGGAUGAAUUGAUCAGAUCAGUGAUUCUCCUGCCACAACUCAGCUUUCACAGCAUUUAGAACCACCUGUAGUGCCUAUUUUCUGAAAUGAUUUUAGCCAGAAAAAGUCAAAAUUGUAAUGUGAUGCUUCUUUUUGACAGUUCCAAGAGGUGAAUAAACACAAAAAGAAAUGGGUUUUGUUUCCUGCUCUGCAAUAAAUGACAGAACAAGAAAA